GAAGCACAGCCGACACAUUAUCAGUGUCUGGACUGCGCGUUUACUGUUUUGAUCUGGGAAAUGAACAAAGAUGAUUUUUGUUGAUAUAACUCUUCUUUCUGAAAGGGACUGGCGCAUGCAAGAAAGGAGGCUGAGGAAAAUCUGACUGCUGAAGACUUGUCACAGAGAGGGGGAAGCUGAAUUGCAUUACCAAGAUGUUUGAAUCUUACUGGUGUCCGUGCUUCUAUCUGUGGUUAUUUCUGCUGCUGUUACCCAGAUUACAAGUUUUGGGUGAUGUCAGCGCUCCGCUACGCCUGCAAGCCGUCGCUGGGCAACCCUUCAUGAUUGGCUGCAACAUCACAAUAGGCACGGGGCAGUCGCUGUCGCAGGUGCGCUGGUUGGAUGCCCAUGAUCGCACCAUCCUCUCUUACCUUGCGGAUGAGCCAAGCAGGGUGACUGGGUCUAUCCGUGUGGAGCUGGCCACCUUCCACAGUCACACCAGCGCCAUCAGGAUCAAGAAAGCCGGACCUCAGGACGAGGGCUGCUACCGGUGCAUAUUUGACGUCUACCCCACUGGGCAGCAAGAGGGGAGGACCUGCCUCUCUGUCUUGACAAGGGUAGACCUUGAGGGGAAUAAGACGGUGGUGAGUGGGAAGCACACCACCCUUACCUGCCGCUACGCCCUGGGUGACAGGGUGCAGCAGGUCUUGUGGACUAAGACGGCGGAGCAGGGAGACACCACCACCGUGGCCUCCUACGCCAAGCAGGACAGCCCAAUCGUAGAGGAGCCCUUCCAGGGCCACGUAACUAUAAGCCACACCCUGGAUCGUACCGAGCUCUCCCUGCGGCCCGUGAGCACAGAGGAUGAGGGCUGCUACACCUGUGAGUUCCACACGUACCCAGAAGGCACCAGGAGCGCCACCGCCUGCCUCAAAGUUUACGUUCUCCCUAAACCUGAGGUAACCCAUGUAACCGUGUCUCCUGGUGUCGUCGAGGUGAACUGCACCACAGUGUCUCGACCAGCCUCCAAGAUCUCCUGGAACGUGGAGGGGGACAACCGCACCAUGGGCCCCUCCGUGUCCUCAUACUUCGAGCAGGGAGAUGGCACCACCCUGGUCGUCAGCUCCAUCCUCGUCCAAGACCGUCUCAUUGUGGACAAGACCAUCAAGUGUCUGGUUCAUCACCAAGGCCUGCAGUCUGUGGCCUCUGUUGCUGUAAACAAGGUCAGACGCACACAUGUAAUUCUCAUCAUCAUGAUGUGUGUCACCGUGACGCUUCUCUUGUGCCUGUGUGUAUGUGUGAGCAAGUGUUCACCAUGCUGACGCCUUCAGUAGAAUACCCUUUGCCAGGAUAAUAGAAGAAUGCUGCUAUGAUUGACAGUAACCUCAACAAUAUGCACUUCAAGCCCAAGGAGGAACAUGAACAGCAUGGCCCGUGGGACCUUCUUUCAAGAAAACCUGAAGUGACUGCACUUUAUCACUUUGACCGAAUCAGCACAUGGCAUCCUGAGAACAUGUUAGAAAAACAAAAGCACUGCUAACAUAUUUCAUCUGACAUUAUUUUCAGAACUGGACUCCUCUUAGUAUGCUCAUUAGGACAGAGGCUAGAAGCUUUGUAAAUAUUUUGGGGGAAAAUAUCAAUGAGCCCAGAGCAGAAGUCAUUUUGUGGAAAUCGAGACAGGACAGGUUGUCUUUCAAUGCCCACUGCACCUUGCCAGAGCCCUGCACCUUGCCUAAGCACUACACCCUUUCAGACUUAGUAUUUGUUGUAACCAUUUUUCCAUCAUUAGUUUAACAUAAACCUGCCUUAUCAGGAGGAUCCUUCUCAGUCAAGAGGAGUCUCUGUUAGACUGUGAUAAGUCAUGCUGCAUGGUGCCUCUGGGAAUGAAGUGGUGUGUCAUACAGUGUUAAAGAGAGAGAGUGAGAGAGAGAGCUAGUGGAGGGCUAAACAUUUGCUCUCAUUUGCACACACAUACACACACACACACACACAAAUAAAAACUGGCAUACACAAACAACACAGGCAAAAACAAAUACAA